AUGGCCUCCGGAGCGGUAAAUGGCAGUGAGACUCUUCCAAACGACUUGGUCGGCUGGCAAGGAAAUUCAGACCGGCGGGGUACGCUAGAAAUAUUGUUUAGUUGCCUUGUCACCAUCUUAGCCUGUACGUGGAGCGUUCAGCACCUCAAUCUUCCAGCACGUAAGGACACUUGGUUACAACGAGGACUGCGCAAGAUUUGGUGGACUUUGAUAACCAUCUUGUUCCCCGAGCUCCUCCUGGCGCUUGGCUGGGCCGAGUUCCGUGCUGCUCUGCGAUCCAUGGAUACAAUGUACGAGUGCACGAAAUUCAGAAUCGUAAGACCGGACUGGCUGUACUAUCUGAGAUGGAUAUUUCCCAAAAGGCGUGACAAAGAUGAGGAAAACAACCAUGAGGCCAAGAAACCGGAAUGGACUCUGGCACAUUCUUACUACGCAAAUAUGGGUGGCUAUCUUCUCUGCAUGGAGAAAGCUCAAUACGCUGGUCCAACCCGUCAAGUCAUUGGCAUGUUCGGGCUUUCAGACGAGGACAUAGACAUCAGUCAGCGCUAUUUUGAGUUAUGUGUGUUAACCCCGGAUCAACUUACACAGUAUUUUAGAAGCCACGAUCCAUCCCCUCGUCCUGGGGAUUGGCUGUCCAGGGAAGAAAUUGAAGAUAAGGGGAAAUCAAGCCUUUUCACCAAGACAUUUGCUGUUACGCAGCUGUUAUAUAUACUGUUCUCAGUCCUUGUGCGGUGGUCUCGGCACCUAGCUGUUUCACAGCUGGAAUUACUCACUCUGGCCUUUGGUAUAUGUGGCGUGUUCAACUAUCUGGCUCGCUGGUUCAAACCGAAGGAUGUUGAGGCUCACACAAGGCUAUGGUUACAAGGCAUUGAUAUGGACGAUGAGAAGCGUAUGAAGCAACUGCAUGAAGCAGCAUUCGAUCUCUCAACCGCUACAUUAACUUCAAUCAUAAAAACUCUUAGGCGUCUAGAAAACGGCAAGAUCGAAAAGAGGUUGCGGAUACCAAACGACUCAAUAACAGGAGUACAGCGGAAGGUGCCUAAUGUGCUCUACAUACUGUGCAUUUGCACCAUGUUGAUGGGGGGGUUUCAUCUGAUUGCGUGGGAUUUUACUUUUCCCACUGUCGUCGAAAUAUAUCUAUGGCGAGCAUCAUGCUUCGUGCUGAUUGGCGUGCCACUUGUGCCGCUUAUUGGGGUACCGAUAUGGAGAGCAUUUGCGUGGAAGAAAACGAGGGAUCAAUUUAGGGCUAGCGCUAUCCGAGCUCUUCAAAAGCAUCAAACCCAAGCUAGCGAUAGUGGGCAGGUCCAAGAGGCUCUCAAGAAGUUAAUUCAGGCUGAAGAAUCGACAACCUGGCGAGCAAUCUUUACCUGGAAGCCACCUCACACCGUGGAUGAGUUUGAAGCGGAGCAAAGAUCAAUGCUCAAGGCGUUUCCUCAACUGAAGGUGGUCAUGAAGGGAAUACCUCUCGAGUAUGUCGAGGUAGCUGAUCGUAUAGACUUCUGGACACCAGAGGACUUUCACUCGGUAUCAGAAAUCACUCUAGUUGUGACAGGCACUCUUUAUUGCAUUGCGCGAUUGAUCACGAUAGCGGUGGCUCUCGGUACCCUCCGAGCCAUGCCUGACUCGACCUACACCGCAACUUGGACCAAUGUCAUUCCAAAUGUUACUUAA